AUUUGUUGUUGCUAGCUUGGUCUCUGUUAUUUGUUGACCAAUGUAUUCAUGUUUGGGAUUUUUGCCGAUACUCACUGAUAUUACUGUGUGUUCCGUUGCCGAUAUUUGCUGCUAAAAUAUUGCAUUACAUGCUUUUUUUCUUUUUACAUUGCACACUUUUGGUCAUAGUUGGAGUUACGUAGUGGCUGAUCGCAAUGUGCUAUGCUAUUAUUGCUAAUGUUGUUUUUGCGAUAAAAUAUUGUUGCAUGUCUAGGUGGAAUGGGGAUGGAGAAAUUGGAUUUAAACUUUAUUAAAUGUGCGCUUGCGGAACCGCUUACGAACUUUACUCUUCUUACGCCUUUUUCCAAAACUGUUAGAGUAGGGGACUCGAAGCUAUGCGACACGAAGCUAUAGUGCAGUUUGAUACGCAGCUAAUUCAGAUGAAAUAACUAACAGUGCGGCAUGGUCAUAGUUUCUGGUCAGCAAAUGUGUUAGAUUUAAACUGUGCAUACUUUCGUCGGGGUGUAAACAAUGAAGAGCAUAACUUACUCAUUUAAGAAAAAAAUCAAAAUACUAUAAUAAGAAUAGUGACUGUUAACAAUCAUUAAAUAUUUAUAACUGCAUAAAUAAUUGAAUAUUGUCUUUUUCGCGCUAAUAAUAUUUUAGAAAAUAAAUACUGAAAAAAUACCUAUGAGUGUAGACGUAUUUCUAUUUUAAAUUUCGGCGCCGGAUAUUGCAAACCCAUUUCCGGUAAGAAGAUGCUUCUACAAGUAUAUAUCGCAUUACAACGAUUGAGUUCAUUUACAAAAUAAUGAAGAAAGUUUGAUAUUUUUCGCUUACCAAAUAUUGUGUAAUCAGUCCCGUAACUUACAUCAGCAUACCUGAAUAUAUGCACGCAUACAUACAUAUUCGUUAAGUGCAAAUAGUAAAAUGGUAUAUCGAUAGAUAGUUUGAUUGGUUUUGGAUGUCAUAAACAACAAUUUGCCAAAUUUCAUUGGCAUUUGAAGUAAAUUCCGUUAUUACAAGUCAUUGUAUGUUCAUAUUAAUUUAUUAAAUAUUGUGACAUGUACUUAUGUCCAUAAGUGCAUGCUGAAAAUGAACUUCGAUUGUGUCAACAAAAUAAAUAAAAUUAUGUUUGUUUCACAUCUAUAGACCGUAUUGUUUAUUGAACUCACAUGUGCAUCCGUACAUUUUGUGCUUAUAAAAGGGCUGCAAAGUGAAAGCCACUAUUUUGGAUUUAAUUGUCAUUAAAGUAAAAACAAACCAACAUUAUGCACAUAAGCGAGUUAGUGGUAGAAGAAAAGGCAACUCCACUUCAAAAAUUCUACGAGGGUGCUAAUAUACUAAUAACCGGAGGAACAGGCUUUCUUGGAAAAAUAUUACUAAAUAAAUUAUUUACGUCAUGCCCUGGCAUAGAAAAUAUUUAUAUUUUAAUUCGAAUGAAAAACAACAAGGAUGUACACACACGUGCGGAGGAGAUAUUUGAUGACCCGAUUUUUAAUUCAAUGAAAAAAGUGGCACCUAAAUUUCGUCAUCAAUUUCAAGGCAUUGCAGGAGACUGCAUGUUGCCCGACUUGGGUCUCAGUGGUGAAGAUCGAAAGCUGCUUACUCAACGAGUGAAUAUAGUAUUUCACAUGGCAGCAACAGUGCGAUUUGAUGAAAAAUUAAAAGUAGCCAUGCAAAUUAAUGUGAAGGCAGCGCGCGAUAUUUUGUUGCUUUGUAGUGAAAUGAAGCAUCUAAAAAGUGUCUUGCACAUCUCCACAGCAUAUACCCAAUGCCCCCUCCGACAAAUCGAUGAGAAAUUUUAUUCACCACCUAGUGAUUCGAAAAACUUAAUACUUUUGACAGAAUGCAUGCCGGAUAAGCUACUGGAGUCAAUGACGCCUGUACUAUUAGGUAAAUGGCCGAACACUUAUACCUUCACAAAAGCUGUUGCUGAGGAUAUAAUCAAGAUGUACGGAAAUAAAUUGCCAGUAGGCAUGUUUCGACCUGGCAUAGUAAUUUCUACGUAUCGUGAUCCCGUUUGCGGUUGGAUAGAUAAUUUUUAUGGGCCAACAGGUGCUAUUGCUGGAGCUGGCACGGGUGUCAUACGAACACUACGGUGUGACCCACGAGCUGUCGCUAACAUGGUUCCAGUUGAUUUAUGUGUGAAUAGCAUAAUUGCAGCGGCGUGGGACAUAUCACAGAGACACAAUAUCAUCACACUUGAAAAAGAUAUACCAGUUUAUAAUUUCUGCACAUCAAAAUCCAAUCAGCUAACUUGGGGCGAUUUUACAACCAAAACAACGAAAUACGGUCUAAUGUAUCCCACAAUCAAGGCGCUUUGGUAUUUGUGUUACGCCAAUACUCCGAACAAGUUUCUGCACUUGAUGUCAAUAUUUUUUUUACACUAUGUUCCCGCUACUAUUUUUGAUGUUUUUUGCAUGUGCAUGGGAAAAAAGCCUCGGUUACUAAAUACUUACAAAAAGAUUCAUAGAUUUAUGCAUGUGAUUGAAUAUUUCUCAAUGCGGCAGUGGGAUUUCCAAAUUGAUAAUGUGAUCAAUCUGUGGCAUCGCCUAUCCGAUAAAGAUAAGGAUAUAUUUUUCUUCGAUAUGACACAAUUAGAUUGGGAUUUAUUUUUACAGCAAUACUUCCGAGGUAUACGACAAUAUUUAUUACAUGACCCACUUGAUACGAUACCGCAGGCGCUUGUAAGGUGGAAUAGGCUAUAUUGGUUGCAUCAAUGUAUAAAGUUACUUGUAUUAUUGUUAUCAGUUCAUAUCAUUUGGUUUUUUUUUUCCAAACUUUUUUAAAAUAAAAUUAAUAAUUUCGUAUAUAAAUAUGGCAUUGGAGUAAAUAAGUUUUGUAUAUUAUAUAUAUUAAAUACACACAAUUUUAUUUUUAAAAAACUGUAA